AUGAACAAAUGGUUUUCACGCAUCACACAGGUCGCAUUGCUUAUCCUCAGUCUGCUAAUUCUUGGCUGUGGCGGAGGAGUAAAACUAAUCAAUCUGCCUGACAGCAGCGUCGCGCUUAACUUAUCGAAAGAACAACAGGAGAUCAUUGAGCCUAAGAUCGCGCUCAUCCGGGACAUCGUUGAGGAUUACGAGUUUGAACGAGACGAAGUAGAGGCUGAAUAUCGCCGUUACUACAGUCGCUCCAGCUUGCCUCGGAUGAGCCGAUAUGAGGGCGGGCGCUCGAACAGGGGUGUCCGGCUUGAAUGGCAUGAACUGAGAAUCAAACUCAGAAGAUUUGCCGCGCAACGGCGGGAAUAUGCCAAAGAGAUCUCUGGGAUCAUUGGCGAAAUCAAGUAG